AUGCACAAGUCAAUAUCGAUAUACACCACACUCCUCUUCCUCCUCCACGUUGCCUACGGGCACACCGUUAUUGUCUAUCCGGGAUGGCGCGGCGACAACCUGCACGCCAACGGCACAGUCGACCAAACGCAAGGUCUCAUGCCUGGCGGUCCCGAUAAUAACCUCUGGCCAUAUGGCAUGCAAUGGAACUACCCAUGCGGCGGCAUGCCAACGUCGACAAAUCGCACCAAGUGGCCCACGCUGGGUGGCGCUGUCGCUUUCCAGCCAGGCUGGUUCCAAGGUCACUCAUCUGCACAGAUAUUCAUCAACAUGGGCUUCGGCACCAACCCGCCCAACAUGUCGAAUCCAAUGAUGAAUGGUGUCGAGAUCGUCGGCCCUACGAACGAGCCAUAUCCAGGCACGUGGUGUUUUCCCCAUGUGCCGCUACCAGCAAACAGGACGGUGAAUGUUGGUGACAAUGCGACUAUACAAGUUAUCGAGCUGGCGAAGCAUGGAGCCGCACUGUACAAUUGUGCGGACAUCACUUUUGCAGAGCCGGGCGAUCCGGAGAUCCCGCUGGUCACGCAGGACAAUUGCUUCAACAGUACCUAUUUGAGCUAUAACCUGGUAUUUACGACCGAGAGUCUGUCAAUGGCAGCGCCUGCUGUGGAAAGCAUGGGCACGGUCUUCGCAGUAUCAGUAGCGCCUUGA